AUGCCGAAGGACAACAAGAACACGUUCAAUCUCAAGACCCCCAAGGGCACGAAGGAUUGGUCGGGCUCCGACGCCCUCCUCCGCGAUCGCAUCUUCAACACCAUCGCCGAUAUCUUCAAGCGUCACGGUGGAACAGCUCUUGACACCCCCGUCUUCGAACUGCGCGAGAUUCUGGCCGGAAAGUAUGGCGAAGACUCGAAACUCAUCUACGACCUUCAGGACCAGGGUGGAGAGAUUUGUUCGCUCCGAUAUGACUUGACCGUCCCCUUUGCCCGGUGGCUCGCCAUGAACCCCGACGUCCGCAGCAUCAAGCGUUACCACAUUGCCAAGGUCUACCGUCGGGAUCAGCCUGCUGUCAGCAAGGGUCGGAUGCGUGAGUUCUACCAGUGCGAUUUCGAUAUUGCUGGUUCCUUCGAUGCCAUGGUUCCGGAUGCGGAGGUUCUGAAGAUCGUCACCGAGGUGUUUGAGGGACUUGGUUGGCAGGGACGUUACAGCAUUAAGACCAACCACCGCAAGAUCCUCGACGGAGUUUUCGAAGUCUGCGGAGUGCCAUCGGACAAGAUCCGCCCUAUCUCGAGUGCUGUCGACAAGUUGGACAAGAUGCCCUGGGCUGACGUGCGCAAGGAAAUGGUCGAGGAGAAAGGUCUUGACGGUGCAGUAGCAGACAAAAUUGAGACCUAUGUGGUCCGGAGGGGAGGACGGGAAUUGCUCAACGACUUGCUCAACGACGCAGCCCUGACCGCAAACGAGUUCGCCAAGGCCGGUCUGGAGGAAAUGACCAAUCUGAUGGACUACCUCGAGGCCUUUGGCGUCCUCGACCGCAUCUCCUUCGACAUGUCUCUGGCCCGUGGUCUCGACUACUACACCGGUGUGAUCUACGAAGUUGUCACGGAAGGCUCCGCCCCAGCCAUCCAGCAGACAUCCCUCCCAACAUCAUCCUCGGAAGCCCCCGAAGCCCAAAAAUUGCAAAAGACUGGCAAGAAGGACAAGUCCAAGUCUGGUAACUUGGAAGACGACGACCGCUCCAACGACCCCACAUUGGGUGUUGGCAGUGUUGCUGCCGGUGGCCGCUAUGACAACCUGGUCGGCAUGUUCCAGCCAAAGGCCAACAUCCCCUGUGUCGGUGUGUCGUUCGGUGUUGACCGUAUCUUCUCCAUCACCAAGGCCCGCAUUGAGCGCGAGCAGCGCGCCGAGGCCCUGCGCAGCAGCGAGGUGGAUGUCUAUGUGAUGGCCUUUGGCGGCAAGGGCUUCACCGGUAUGUUGAAGGAGCGUAUGGACGUCUGCAAGACUCUGUGGAACGCUGAUAUCAAGGCCGAAUUCUCCUACAAGGUCAAACCUAAACUCCCCCAACAAUUCAAGGCCGCCGAACAGGGCGGUAUUCCCUUCGGCAUCAUCCUGGGCCAAGAUGAACUUGCCAACGGCAAAGUUCGCGUCAAGGAGAUGGGUCUCGAGGAAGGACACCCCGAGAAGGAAGGUGUGUUGGUGGACCUCUCCUCGCUGGUCGAUGAGGUGAAGGCUCGCCUUGCGCGGAAGAGUCAGUCAAAUGUGGAUGCCCUUGUGCAGCAGCUGGAGGGCACUAAGACAGAGGAUGCUGGUAUUUAA